GAUCUUUCUAGACUUGCAUCCCGGCCCAUUCCACAUAAUUUGGUAAUAUAGAAAAAAAAGAAAAAAAAAUCCAGACGGUCUGCACAGAACACUGCCUGCAGCAGAAUCCUUAGUCCUCUCCAUCUUCGCAGUACUCGACAACCCUGUUUUGUCUUUGAAUUUCAAUUCCUGUUUUCGAUUAAAACUUAAACACUAUAUCUGCUGUAAAACCAUAAAAAUUCAUUCGAGGAAAAGGAAACCAACAACUCUGCGUUCGAAUUCAAUUUCUCUUCUGAUUUUUCGGCCACAAAAAUGGUCGCGGCCUCAGCAAUUCCAACUUGUGUAAGCAUCAUUAAGCUUCCUUGCUUCGUUCAACACAUAAUCCCAAGCACCCAGGUCGAGCUUAUAGCUGCCAACCCCAGGAAAACCACCACAAGAAAACCAACAGCCUCUCCGUAUUCGAUAAAUUUUCACCAGAGUCAUUUUCCUUAUCAUCGUGGAAAUGUUUUCAAGUCCAAAUCAUACUCUCUUCGUACAGUCCUCACAAGGGUCAGUAGUGAUGGUGGUGGCGCCAUUAAUGCCAACAAACAAGAAUCUGCAACUCCUGAUACUGAGGAUGGUAGCUCAUCUACUUUUGGUGACAGUUAUGUGGCCGUGUUUGUUCGGAUGCUUGGGUUAGACCAGGAUCCUCUUGAUAGAGAACAGGGAAUAGUGGCUCUAUGGAAGUAUUCCUUUGGUGGGAAGAAGUGCAUUGAUAACAUUAUGCAGUUUCAUGGCUGCUUAAAUCUCACCAUAAACCUUCUGAAGUCAGACUCCACUGCUACAUGUGAAGCGGCUGCAGGCCUCUUACGGGCAAUAUCUUCUGUCAAUUUGUAUAGAGUUUCAGUAGCAGAAAGUGGAGCAGUUGAAGAGAUAAUGGGUUUGCUGAAUCGCCCUUCUCUGACUUCUGAGGUAAAGGAGCAAAGUAUUUGUACUUUGUGGAAUUUGUCAGUAGAUGAGAAGCUUAGAAUGAAAAUUGCCAGUGAAGAUAGAUUGCUUUUACUCAUCAAGUUCCUGGAUGAUGAAGACAUAAAAGUUAAGGAAGCUGCAGGGGGGGUUAUAGCAAAUUUGGCACUGAGCCACUCUAAUCACAAAGUAAUGGUUGAAGCAGGUGUUAUUCCAAAAUUGGUAAGGAUUUUGGACCCCUCUGUCAAUGCUAUAUCUUUUAAUAAGUUGCAA